GGGGAGCUGCGGGGCCGGGCCGGCCUCUCCUCCGCCUGCCGGCGCUUCCCGUCCCUUCCCGUGCUUUCCCUUCCCGUCCCUCCCCGCCGCCGCUCCGCGAGGGGCAGGGCCGGCACCCCCUCGCUGUCCCCGGCCCGCGGGGCCCGGCCGCGGCUGCCCCGCUGAGGAGCGGGUGAGGAGCGGGUGAGGCGGGGCCGGGCCGGGCUGUUCCCCCGGGGCCGGGCCGGGGCGCAGCGGUGGCAGCGGCCGGAGCUACCACAGCCACGGGAGCUGGGCCUGGAGCACGGGGUCGGGCCCGCAGCUCGGUCCUGCUGCUGCUGCGGCUGGAAAUGAGCCUCGAGCCCUGGGCGAGCCGUCGGGCCCGGGGCACGGGCGGGACUCUCCCCCCGAGCCCGUGCUGACGGUGGUGCUGGUGUUUGUCCGCAGCAGCCCCAGGCCGGGUGUUCCCCUCGGCAGCGCCCUGCCCGUGCCUUGAGGGAGGAGAAGCGUCCGGCCCUGGAGGAAUGCUCAGAGAGCGGCUCCUCGGCUCGGCCUCCGCGCUGCCCUGACUCGAAAGAGUGGUGGCAACUCUACAGAAAAGUUAAAUGUCUUCAGAGGACAAGGAGGCUCAGGAGGACGAGCUGCUGGCUCUGGCCAGCAUCUACGAUGAGGAUGAGUUUAAGAGAGCAGAGUCUGCCCAAGGAGGAGAAACAAGAAUUUGUCUGGAGUUGCCUCAAGACUUUAAAAUUUUUGUGAGGGGCAGUUCCACAGAGAGCCUCCAGAGCAGUGGCUUCGAGUACUCCGUGUGCUUCCUGCCUCCCCUCGUGCUGAACUUCGAGCUCCCACCUGACUACCCAUCAACCUCCCCGCCCGUGUUCACCCUCAGUGGGAAAUGGCUCUCCCAGGCCCAGCUCAGCGCUCUUUGCAAGCACUUGGACAAUGUGUGGGAAGAGAACCGAGGCUGCGUGGUGCUGUUUGCCUGGAUGCAGUUUCUGAAGGAGGAAACACUGAAUUACCUGAAUAUUUCAUCGCCAUAUGAGCUGCAAAUGUGCCCUCAGGGGAAGGGGCAGGGCCGGACACCAGCGGGGCCCCUCGAGGCUGGGAAGGACUGUGGGGGUGCCACAGGCUCUGCCACAGCUGAGGAGGAAAUCGUGGAUGCCAGGGCUGUGCAGGAUGUGGAGUCCUUGUCCAGUCUGAUCAGGGAGAUCUUGGACUUCGACCAGGCCCAGAGGAGGAAGUGCUUUAACAGUAAGAUGUAUUUGUGCAGUAUCUGCUUCUGUGAGAAGCUGGGCAGUGAGUGCAUGCACUUCACCGAGUGCAGCCACGUGUACUGCAAGGCCUGCCUGAAGGACUACUUUGAGAUCCAGAUCAGGGAUGGGCAGGUGCACUGCCUCAACUGCCCCGAGCCCAAGUGUACUUCUGUCGCCACUCCAGGCCAGGUGAAGGAGCUGGUUGGGGAGGAGCUGUUUGCCCGCUACGACCGCCUGCUGCUGCAGUCCAGCCUGGACCUGAUGGCUGACGUGGUUUAUUGCCCCCGGCCUGGCUGCCAGACCCCCGUGAUGCAGGAGCCUGGCUGCACCAUGGGCAUCUGCUCCUGCUGCAACUACGCCUUCUGCACCCUCUGCAAGAUGACCUACCACGGGGUGUCCCCCUGCAAGGUCACUGCAGAGAAAUUAAUGGAUUUGAGGAAUGAAUAUUUAGAAGCGGAUGAGACAACGAAAAGAUUUUUGGAACAGCGCUAUGGCAAGAGAGUGAUUCAGAAAGCUCUGGAGGAGAUGGAGAGUAAGGAAUGGCUGGAGAAGAACUCCAAGUCUUGUCCUUGCUGUGGGACCCACAUCGAGAAACUGGAUGGCUGUAACAAGAUGACCUGCACAGGGUGCAUGCAGUAUUUCUGCUGGCUCUGCAUGGGCUCCCUGUCCCGGGCCAACCCCUACCGGCACUUCAACGACCCCUCCUCGCCCUGCUUCAACAGAUUGUUUCAAGCCAUGCACAUUGAUGAUGGGGAGUUCUGGGAAGGAGAAGAUGAUAAUCAGUAGCUUCCUCCAGCACCAAAGGAUGUGUGGUCAAAACCAGUGGUGCUGCACUUCCCUGUGCAGAGGAGCAGUCUGCACUGUUGGAACUGGCACAGAGAUUAAAAAGAUGGAAGAAAGAACAAAUUCUCACCUCAGCUGAAUCUCUAGGUCAGUGUGUAGGAAAAGUGUACGUUGUGUAUGGUUUGAGUUGUUUUCCUGCACUUUUCACAUGCACUAAAUUCACUUUAAGAUGGUAAACACAGUGUCCCUGUUUGUCUUCCUUCUGGCAUGGAUUUGGCAGCACAGGUGUGCCCAGGUGCUCCUGGGAGUGGGACAUGGAGAUGAGCUCCAUCCCUGGAGCUGGCAGGGAUGUGUUCUGCUCAUGGGAUUUAAUGCAUGCAGAGUGCCCUCCCACCCCGAGGGCCCUGCUUUUCCCUCUGAGGAAAACCUGCCAGCAAACACUGGGCAAGGAAGGGGGGAGCAGCAGGAGCUCUUGCCACCAAACUGCCUCCAGGACAGCUUUGCUCCAUGAGCACACUGAGACCGAGCACCAGACACAGUCAAAUGUCACCAUUUAAAAAAUUAAAGACAUUUAGUGAAGAAAGUUACAUUACAGAUCAACAGCUUACAAAACUUCUGUAAAAAGAAAAUAAAUGUUGCCCAGUUUUCUUGC